AUGCUCUCUGCGGUACCGCCUGAGAUACUAGAAGGCAUUGUGUUCGAGCUCGAUCACGACGACCUGAUAGCCCUUCGAGGCACGUGUAAAUACUUCCGAGAUGUCGCUACACCUUUCGUCUUUGAGACUAUCGAGAUAUGUCUCCACAUAGACAGUCGAUACUACACUUCUGUUUCAUUGCUCAGAGCUCUCGCGUCAGGGAAAACCGAAGUGGGGCAAUACAUCCAGACUCUGCGGUUCGUAUCACCAUUCGACCCUCCCCAUCUCAAAUACCGAAGAUUCUGGCAUCGCAUGGCGCGUAAGCGUGCACGAAAAACUCAAGCCAUCGAGAAACUUCUCGUUGGGGCUAUUCCAAAAUUAAUUGAGCUGAGAUCUCUAUGUUGGAUCGGAUGGUCCCAAGGAUCGUUCAGAAGAAACUCUAUCGAAUUAAUUAUGAAGAAAUUCAUGGCCUGUCGUCAUUUGACAGACGUGAGCAUUCAGCUGCAUCCUAAUUGCUCCUAUACCACCGCCUUUUCCGCCUUUCGAAAUCUCACCACGUUUACAUUUGCCGGAUUUCGCGUAAUGGAUUUCUGUCCACAUAUAGUGGGGAAUUGCCCUAACAUGACGUCUUUAUCGGUGACGAGUUACGAUGAUAUAUCUGAUUCACAUCCUUCCAUCGAGAAACUUCUUUCCCAUGUGCCUUCUGACGUCGAGCUUCCAUUGAAAUCGCUUUUCCUUCGCGGACUCGUCAUUUCGACUUCCUCUCUCCCAGAUGACUUUCGACAUCUACGUUCGUUAACUGCUCUCACCCUGGAUAUGGAAGUCCCAGACCAAUUCUGGGAACUCGCUCGUGCGGAAGGCAUCAAACUUGUAUCGGUGUCUGUUGCGUGGGGAAACAAAUCUCUUCUCGGCUACCUCAGAUCUUAUUCGGGGAUCGAGUUACUGGCAGUGACCAUUGACGUUGAAGAAGCGGACCAUAAGGAGGAAAGGCGUUGUGCCGACGACUUUUAUCAUGCAAUCCUACCGCUGCAUGUGCAGACCCUCACAGAGCUAUACAUUCAGCCCUCUUACGCGGGUGCAUGGUGUCUGGAGGAAAAGCAUCUGGCUGCUUUGUUGCAGUGCACGAAACUGACUACUUUGCGAUUGGCCCUUGAUUCAGCACAUGCUAAUGUUGAGGGUUCUGAAAAUAUUAUCGUAUGUGACGAUUCGUAUUCAUACUGGAGUCUAAAGCGCUAACUGGAUUUCCUCACAAAGGCGCGUACUCUCGACGUGUUGUCUUCUUGGCCGCGUCUUCAGUCCUUGCACUUCUCGUCUGCGCGAGGCGAUGAAGAGAAUACGCAACCACGGGUCGCUCAGUUUUAUGACCGUACUUGCGAGCGGAUUCAAGAGGUGGU